AUGUGAUCUCAUCAGGACAGAGAUAUGGAGGGAAACUUAAGUACAGUGACUGAGUUUAUCUUUCUGGGCUUCUCGGACCUCCAGCAUCUGCAGCUCGUUCUCUUUAUCCUGGUCUUACUCAUCUACCUCAUCAUCCUGAUAGCAAAUAGCCUCAUUGUUGCUGUCACAGUGACUGACCUGAUGCUCCAAAGCCCCAUGUAUUUCUUCCUCAGGAACUUGUCAGUCCUGGAGAUCUGCUACACCUCGGUCAUCAUCCCCAAGUCCUUGUCCAACCUCCUGUCAGAGCGUCAGACCAUCUCCUUCCUUGGCUGUGCAACCCAGAUGUAUUUCUUCCUCCUCUUUGGCAUCUCGGAGUGCUGCCUGCUGGCUGUAAUGUCCUACGACCGAUAUGUCGCCAUAUGCAACCCCAUGCGUUACUCCCUCAUCAUGAGCAGAAAAGUCACCGUUAGAUUGGCAUCUGUGGUGUGGAUUGCAGGCAAUGUGGUGGCAUUUGAGCAAACGGUCACUAUAUUCAUGUUAUCUUUCCAUGGGUCAAAUAAAAUCGAGCACUUUUUUUGCGAUGUUAUUCCAGUGCUUAAGCUGGCAAGUACAGACACGUCCCUGAAUGAUGUUAUCAACACCGUGCUCACUGUAGUGUUCAUAAUAUUCCCCUUUGUCCUGAUCAUCACCUCCUACAUCUGCAUCCUCUCCAACAUCCUGAAAAUGCGCUCAGCUGAGGGGAGACACAAAGCUUUCUCCACCUGCUCCUCGCAUCUCAUCACAAUCACCAUGUUCUUUGGCAGCUGCUUUAUCACCUACAUGAGGCCCGGUUCCAGUGGUUCUGUGGACACCAACCGAGCAAUCUCCUUGCUCUACACGGUCAUUACUCCAAUGUUCAACCCAAUCAUAUACAGUCUGAGGAACAAAGAAGUCAAGGAGGCUCUGAGGAAACUCUUGGGCAGCAGUAGGACUUCUUAGUUCUCACAAAAUAAAGUUAUUUAUCUCCCCUAACCUCUGCACUGUGCCCCCUUCAUCUCUAAUGCCUGCUCCGCCUCCUGCAUUCCUAAUCUCUACACCCCCUUCACUACCAAUCCCUGCCCC